CCCCUCCACCCUUUACACCCCUACCCUGUGAAUGCUGGACAUUGUACAUAGCCUGGUGAUGGGGAUUGAAAACCAGGGAGCCAUCUGUAUGUGACCGGCCUGAGCCCCCCCUCGCCCACCUGUGCUCAGAGUGGAAGGAAAUCCUUGUGAAGGAAGUAGUGACUGCUCACCCCCCUGUAUGUGUGUGCUCUGGGCACAGACAUUGCUAUUCUCAGUCUGGCAGGUUUUACCUGCUUCAAUCCUGAUGAUGGAGUGAGAGUCAGGCCCUCUGGAGGAGUGCUGAAGGUCUUUAUUGCUAGUGGUGGUCUUUUACAUGGGACCAGUAUGGGGUAUUGGCUGGGGUACUGGAAGGAUAGCUUACAGACUGACCCAAAAGCCUUUUAGCCCAGGUGUGUUAUGAAUUGGUAAUACAUUUGCAGUGGAAAUUGCUGAGGACUGGUUCGUACAGCAGAGGGUGGCCUGGACCAAUUGAGGCUCUUAACUUCGUUCCUGAUUGGAGUGACCCUCCGCCCAAGCUGUCCCAGAUGCCUUCAGCCUUGGCGAUCUUCACCUGCCGCCAGAAUUCUCACCCUUUUCAGGAGCGACAUGUCUACCUGGAUGAGCCAGUCAAGAUAGGCCGCUCAGUGGCCCGCUGCCGCCCAGCGCAGAACAAUGCCACCUUUGACUGCAAGGUGUUAUCCAGGAACCAUGCACUUGUAUGGUUCGACCAUAAGACUGGCAAGUUCUAUCUCCAAGACACUAAAAGUAGCAAUGGUACCUUUAUAAACAGCCAGCGGUUGAGUCGAGGUUCAGAAGAAAGUCCGCCAUGUGAGAUCCUCUCAGGUGACAUCAUUCAAUUUGGGGUUGAUGUGACUGAGAACACGAGGAAAGUGACCCAUGGUUGUAUAGUGUCCACAAUUAAACUCUUCCUACCAGAUGGCCUGGAAACCCGGCGGCGGGCAGAUGUCAUCCAAGCUACAUUACCCAGUCCUGUUGACAAGGUUGCUGCUCACACUCCCAGUAUGUACUCUCAGGAACUAUUCCAACUAUCUCAGUAUCUACAGGAAGCCUUACAUCGGGAACAGAUGCUGGAACAAAAGUUGGCCACUCUUCAGAGGCUACUAGCCAAUACACAGGAAGCUGCAGACACUAGUUGGCAGGCUCUAAUAGAUGAAGACCGGCUGCUAUCAAGGCUAGAAGUAAUGGGGAACCAGUUGCAAGUUUAUUCAAAAAAUCAAACAGAUGACACUCUUCGUAAGGAGUUGAUCGCUUUGCAAGAGGACAAACACAACUAUGAAACAACAGCCAAAGAGUCCCUGAGGCAGGCUCUUCAGGAGAAAAUUGAGGUGGUUCGGAAGCUGUCAGAAGUAGAGAGAAGUCUGAGCAACACAGAAGAUGAAUGUACCCAUCUGAAAGAAAUGAACGAACGGACUCAAGAUGAAUUACGAGAGCUUGCCAACAAGUACAAUGGAGCUGUGAAUGAAAUUAAGGAUCUUGCAGAUAAACUCAAGGCAGCUGAAGGCAGACAGGAAGAAAUCCAGCAGAAAGGCCUGACUGAAAAGAAAGACCUUCAACAUAAAAUCAGUGAGAUGGAAGAGAAGGAGCAGGAACUACAAGCAAAAAUCGAGGCCUUGCAGGCUGACAACGAUUUCACCAAUGAGCGUCUCACUGCUUUACAAGUACGGUUAGAGCUUCUUCAAGAGAAAACACUUAAGGAGCACAGCAGUUUAGGUAUUCAAGUUGAUGACUUCAUACCUAAAAUCAACGGUAAUUCUGAUAAAGACAAGCUUAUAAAUGACGAACAUCUGACCAAAGUGGAGCAGGAGACGCUGCAUCUGAAAGGUAGUCCUGCAGAAGUAAAAGAUUCUGAUUUAUCAGAUACCCUCAGCCCAAGCAAAGAAAAAAGCAGUGACGACACUACAGACGGCCAAAUGGAUGAGCAAGAGCUUAAUGAACAGAUCAAUAAAGUUACAAUAUUAAAAGAUGAACUGCUUCAUGCACAGUCUCCACCAAAUGAGACAAAACAAGAAAUCCAACAGCUUCGCAAAGAAUUGGUAGAUGCCCAAGAGUUGGCCAAAUCUAGCAGGCAAAAAUGCAUGGAACUCCAAGCACUUUUAGAAGAGGAGAGAAAAUCCAGCAGACAGCAAGCAGAGGAAUCCACCAAGCAAAUCCAGCAACUUCAAGCUCAGUUGCAUAGGUUACAGGAAGAAAUAGAAAUAUUAAGAGAGGAGAAAGAAAAUGACAUCUCCAGCACUCGAGAAGAACUAAUGAAUGCCCAGGAGGAGAUUGCCAUUCUGAAGCAUGUGUCUGAACAGGUGGCCACAGAGCGAGAAGGGGACAUAGCUGAGCUCCAGGGAGAACUGCAGGAGGUGCGGUUCGAGCUUGAACACUGGAGGAAAACGGCUUCCAAAUAUGAGAAGGAAAUUGUCAAUCUGCAAGCCAGUUUCCAAGCUCAGUGUAAGGAUCGAGAGGACCAGCAGAGAGAGGAGUCUGCUAAGUUGCAAGGUGAACUGGAGGAUCUCAGACAGACUGUCCGUUCCCUGGAAGAUGAAUGCCAGUCUUUACAAAAAGACAACUCCAUACUUAUCGAAAAGUGCCGUAGGAUAGAACAAGAGCUUCACAGCUCACAGAAACAAUCUGUUGACCUCACCAGUGACCUCACCAUUCUGCAAAGUACCCGGGAACAGCUUGAAAAUGAAAUGGGCUCAUUAAAAGACCAGAACCAGCGGGAGGCAUCACACUUGAAGUCUCAACUUAAAGAGGCAGAGAAGCGAGUCCACAAUGUGCGACAAGAGUUUGAAGACACACAAGCUAAAUUGUCUGAGCUCAAGGUGACGUUUGAAAAGACUGAACAAGAAAAGCAGACUAUCAUAGAUGAACUGAAGCAAUGUAAAGAUAACCUAAAGCUGCUGCAGGAGAAAGGAAAGACUAGCUCGUGGCCUUGGAUGUCUGUGGUGGCCGCAUUGGUUGCUGUGACCGCAGUAAUGCUCUAUCCCGGCUUUACCAGGGGAGCGCCGUGAAAGCCAUGUUCCGUCCUCCACUGAAGCUGGCGUUGCUCACAUUUUGGAAAUCACAAACACACACACACAAAAACAGAUCCUAAUCUUCCUUUUUACCUCUUCAGAACCCAAGGCUCUGAAAAAGCAGGCGGCCAUUGCUUUAAACUGUAAUAUAUGUAUGUGUACAGCAGGGGAAUAAACCGAUGACAUUAUUCAACUGUAAA